AAUUCCCGCAGUCGUCUCCGUUUGCCGUCCGGAGUGAACGUGGCCACCAGUCGGUGCUAAGCGUGUUUUGAGUUAACGCGUUUUGCGUGGAUUAACUUGGUGUUGUGUUUGUGUUCAUUUAUUAGUCAGCUGUUAGAAAAUAAUAUACUAUCCAUGAGCCAUGUGAUCAUCACUAUCGGAUCAUCAGUGAUUUAAGCUAAUCUGAUAGAUACAAUAUCAAGAUAAAUUUCGUGCCUCGAAUUUAGUUGUGUGGCUGACGGAAACCGUCAGUUCUCAAUUAGAUCACUGGCAAUCUGAGCUGGAACUGGAAUAUUUAGUGCUUAUUCAAGCUUUUGUGAACUUGUGAAGUGAGGACUAGUAGAACUAUUAAAAUGGCAACUACGGGCAGUGAAAUGUGGCUUCAAUGGUUUGCGUGCUGCUACCAGCCGGCCGCGCAGGCGCAACGUACGAGGCGGAGGAUAGAUAGAUCUAUGAUUAGUGCACCAACCAAUUUCCAACAUACCGGACACAUAGGCUCAACAGAUGUAGACAUGCCGUCAUCAUUGCUUCACUCAAUCCAGAACCAGAUGCAGAGUAAAGGCGGAUACGAAAUGCCCUAUGGUGUUAAGGUUUACUGAUCCCAAAACGGUGCUGACGUCACAGAAGACAAAGCAAAGUGAAACGUGGCUAAUUAUGAUCUUUAUUUAUUAAAUAGUUUACUUUAAGUUUAGUUUGUAUCCUCUUGUAUAUAUAAAGUCAACACCGAAAUCGGUAGACAAAUGAGUUACCUUGAAAAUAAAACUUGUAAGUCAUAAUAUAGCUAGGUGCUCGGUUUUAAGUAAAAGUGCCGUUGUAAAUCCAUCGGACAUUUACAAAAAAAGUGCUUAAAUAUAUGAGCCGAAGACUUACUGAAAACAUCAGGUCUUAUAAGAUUGUUACACGAAAUUUGAGGCAAAUAUGUAUGGCCAUCGAUGGAUCCGACCAGCCUUAUCAAUUAUAAUAAAUAUGAAUAUUAAAUGAAUUGGAUAUGUGCCUUUGUAAUCCUUCCCAAUACAAAUUUAUUCAUCUUGAAGAUGCUUCUUCGAAUUUAAUAUCUAAUCUAAAUCUUGAUAGUAAAUUGUAUUUCUUACAAAAAAUAUUUCCUUUUAUCAUCGUUUAUUAUUGUAUAAUCUAGUCCGUUUAAAAAUCAAAUAUUGACAUUAAAAUUAUAACGUAUUUUUUUUAUAUCUUAUUCAUUUUUAAUAUGGGUGCUCAAGCUGAUGGCGUGAAAGAACUUCUAAGUAUUCCACACAUGCACUGAUAGCGCGUAAAGCAGAAAAGUCGUGAAUUGUUAAACUCACACUUAAG